GUUACUGGUGUGAGAGGGAGAGUAUUCCCCUGUUUAGCUUACAUUGGAUGCCGUUUUCCAAAAUCCUACGGACUGGGCAAAGAAACAUUGGUUAAUGUUGGGCCUUUGGGUCUUGUUAAGUCUUACAAAACCUCACGUAAUAAAUGUCUCGAUUCUGACAGGAGCCACAGUUAACGUGCUGGAAACAGCGGUCCCUCUCUCCAAAAUCUACACAAUUGUCACAGCACCAACCUUCUCAGAGAACUUCACGUACGCCAUUACCGACACCAUUCCUCUGUCUGCGAGGGACCUCUUCAGUGUGGAUUGGUCGGGCAGCAUCAACGUGCCACUUGAUGGCUUUGGACGACAUAACAUGGAAAGGAACUUCAAACUCUACAUCGCAGUCACUGAGAACACAGUAACUGUUUGUACAGGGGUGGUGACCAUUGUUGUGACUCCAGUCCGUCACUGGCCUCCAGUCUUCACGUCAGUCCCACGCACUGUCAGCAUUCCGGAGAACCAAGGGCCAGAAUUCUAUGUGACCAAGGUCAGUGCUAAUGGAGAGAAGGUGCACUAUCACCUGGCAACCUUUCACCCCUCCUUCAAGAUAGGUGAAGCAGAUGGCACCAAGAGACAACGUGGGCUCUCAGUAGGCAGCUCAGCAGCCCCUCCCAGAGGCGAGGGGGAUAACUACAGCCACCCUCCCACUGAUGUGAUCAUUGCUCCUCAUACCACCAUCAAACGUAUCUACCAACAUUAUGACUGGAUUAAUAAAAGGGGUGAAGUACUAUAUAGUAGCAAGAACUUAAAGAACAGGGUGACUUCCAGUUUAUCUGCUGAUAGUCUCUGGGGUAUUGCUGUGUGCAGUCGGGAUUGUGAUACUGGGAUCAUCAAAACCUCGUUCAACCUGGACCUGGAUCAGGACCCUGGGCUUGCUGUCAACCUGCUGGUGAUUGUUGCUUAUGAUGAUAGCUACCUCUACAGCUCAGCAACUAAUGUCACAGUGUAUGUGACUGACGUGAAUAAUAACAGCCCUGUCUGCACUCCACCCAUCUUUGUGACAGAGAUCCUGGAAACAACUCCCGUGGGGUCCACCCUCUUUGAGCUGUUGUGCAGUGAUCCUGACCACUCCAAUACCACCUUGUCGUACACCAUUGUUCCCAAUGACAACUCGCAAUUUAAGUUCAAGUAUGGAGACCAUAGUGUGAAGGUGAACGAGAGCUUGGAUUAUGACUCUGCUGUCCUGGCGGCCCUGGACUUCCGCUACACCGCUGUGGUCACUGUGGUCGACGGUGGACUGCCUCCUCAGACCACCACGGUCUCUCUGUUGGUGACAGUCACUCAGGUCAACGAGUUUCCUCCUAUCUUUCAUGGUACCAGAGUGUUUUCGGUUUCUGAAAACAGCGCGGUGAACACCCGUGUUGGUGCCGUGAAUGCUACAGAUGCUGACUGGGUCUACAACGACUUACGGUUCACCAUUGUGGGCCAUGAUCCGCCCACCUUCUACAUACAUCCCUUCACCGGUGAAAUCAACACAUUGGUGCCACUUGACUUUGAAAGGGUUGACACCUAUGCACUCACAAUCCAAGCUGUGGACAUGAAUUAUGAUGUGGUUUUUGACAGUUUCCAACAGAGGACAAGCUAUGCGCAGUACAUCGUCAAUGUCAAGAAUGUGAACGACAUUCCUCCUAUCUGCGACCCUCCAUACUACAAGGAGACCAUCUAUUCCACGCGUGCAGCCAACAUUCCCAUCACCACAUUAUCCUGCACUGACAGGGAUUCUGACCAACUCACUUACAGAAUAGUUGGUGGGAAUAUAAACAGCCGCUUCACUUCACGUGGGAGUACUCUGUUCUCCAGGAAUGCCUUCUCAUACAAUAUGGAUGGGAUCUAUGACCCAACGACCUAUGAACUCCUAAUUCAGGUAUCUGAUGUCGUUGAUACUGAUUCACAGCUUCAGCUCACCACCACGGCAAUCGUCAUUGUCCACGUUAUUCCAUGGAUAACUACAGUGGCAACCACCAAUACACUACCAACAACAAGAACGGCCGUUCACAAAAUGGUGACCGUGUUGGAAAAGUACUGGAAGCCGGAAUCCUGGUUCGUGGUCCUCCUGACAGUGGUGGCAGCGUUGGCUGCUGUGGCUCUCGCAACACUGCUGUGGAGUUGUCUUGCCAGGACCUCCUGGUAUAAACGGAUCUUCCCGCAGGGUGAGGUAUCCCAGCAACUGCUGCAGGACAGUCCACUGCCCGAGGCUGCAGCACAGAAGGGGAUUGGAAACGGGGACACCAAGAACAAGGAGCUUGUGACAAAAAGCCCACUCAGCCUGCAGUUUGAUGGUCGAGCAGUCGAUUCAAACACUGGAAGACAUUACCUCUUCAACUCCAUGACCGGGACGCGACGCUGGAUGUGAGACCAUCAGCUUUUUUAUCGGGAAUCUUUCCCUUGAAUGGAUUGCAUCUCGGGUCUGUGUUCAUUUUCUGCAGUAUAUUUCAGUAUAUCACAGUAGAUUAUUAGCGUUUUUCCUGGAGUUUUUUCGAGGCAAAACCCAAGUGAAGGACCACAGCUGUAUCCCAUCACUGUAAUCCAUGACCUCAAGCACCUGCAAACACCAUAUGCCAAGAUAAAGUCUGUCGCUGUUACAUGUCUGUACCUUGCUUUAUUGAUGGACUGCUUCCAAAUAAUCACUUGAAAUAUACAUAUGAUUAUAAAUCCUU